GUAUCUCGCUAGAACAGCUGGCGAGCGCUGGCGUGAGUGUUUCCUAGGGAUCGGUCGUUCAAUGGGGAAAACAACAACACGCUGAGCAUCAUGAGGGUCCCCGAAACACUGUUUUGGGCCGCUUUCCUCAUCCAGAAGGUGGUGGGAGAGUACGGCAUGGCCCACUUCAGCGACGAGGGCAAGAGCAGAGGGAAGGAUUACUGCAUAUUCUUCAACUCGCAGUGGGCGCGUCUACCCCAGGACCUCAACAAGGCAUCGCGUCUUCAGAUCUAUGACCUCACAACGUCGGUGCUGUGCUCGCCCUCUGACGUGCCGGAGGGAGGCUUCCCUAAUCUCAUCCCCAUGGUGAUGAGGGGCAACUGCACCUUUUACGAAAAGGUCAGACUGGCCCAGAUUAACGGCGCAAAGGCCCUGCUCAUCGUCAGCAAGGACCGACUGACACCACCAGCGGGAAACAAGACCCAGUAUGAGGAGAUUGAUAUUCCAGUAGCACUGCUCAGCUACUCGGAUAUGCUGGACAUAGGCAAGACCUUCGGCAAAGGAAGGCUCGUCGCCAUGUACGCGCCCAACGAGCCCGUGUUGGACUACAACAUGGUGAUCAUCUUUUUGAUGGCCGUGGGAACAGUGGCCGUCGGAGGUUACUGGGCCGGCAGCAGAGACACCAAGAACCGCCUCCGGUCACCGGGCUUCUCUGAAUUCGGUUCCUCUCCCUGCAGACGCUACAUGAAGCACAAGCGGGACGACGGCGCGGAGAAGCAGGACGAGGAGACGGUGGACGUCACUCCCAUCAUGAUCUGUGUGUUCGUGGUCAUGUGCUGCAGCAUGCUGGUGCUCCUCUACUUCUUCUACGACUACCUUGCCAUCUGGGUCAUAGCCAUCUUCUGUCUGGCCUCCUCCGUCGGCCUCCACAGCUGCCUGUGGCCCUUUGUCAGGAGACUCCCGUUCUGCAAGUGCAGGGUCCCGGAGAACAACUUGCCGUACUUCCACACGCGGCCACAGGUCCGCAUGCUGCUGCUGUCGGCCUUCUGCGUGGCCGUCAGCGGCACCUGGAUGGUGUUUCGCAACGAAGACCAGUGGGCGUGGGUGCUACAGGACACCCUGGGGAUCGCCUUCUGUCUCUACAUGCUCAAAACAGUCAGACUCCCCACGUUUAAGGCCUGCACCUUGUUACUGUCGGUGCUGUUUGUCUAUGACGUUUUCUUCGUAUUUAUUACACCGUUCUUGACAAAGAGUGGUGAAAGUAUAAUGAUGGAGGUAGCAGCUGGUCCCUCGGACUCCUACGCGCAUGAAAAGCUCCCCAUGGUGCUCAAAGUGCCGAGGUUAAACUUCUCUCCGCUGUCCCUCUGUGACCGGCCCUUCUCCCUCCUGGGCUUUGGCGAUGUCUUGGUACCAGGUCUGCUGGUGGUGUACUGUCACCGGUUCGACAUUUUAACACAAUCCUCCAGGAUCUACUUUGUGGCCUGUACCAUUGCUUAUGGCAUCGGCCUCCUGGUCACCUUCGUGGCGCUGGCCGUGAUGCAGAUGGGUCAGCCGGCCUUGCUCUACCUGGUGCCUUGCACCCUGCUCACCAGCCUCGCUGUAGCGCUGUGGCGCAGGGAGUUGCCCCAGUUCUGGACUGGAAGUGGAUUUGUGCCUCCCAUAGUGCACGAACCGAUCAACUGUACACAAACUGCGGCGCCGCAGACAGACGAUCACUUGACAAGACCGGAGAAAGAAUGCACAGAAGAAGACUCCCGAACACCCCCGGAAAGGGAAGAGGAAGCGGAGAACAAAUCUAACUGAAAGCACGUCUAGUACAGCAGAUUACAUUUCAUUUAAUGUAUUUUGUUGAGUGCGUUUUUUUUUUUUUUAAUUUUUUCUUCGUCGAUGUCAACGGGCAUUUUUAAAAGUACAGAUGUUAAUUUGCACUCUGUGUGAAGGGAAGAGAGGAGAUCUGUGCUCUGGAUGGCUGGGCCAGCAGGGCGACAGGAUUUCACCCUCGAGGUCGAGGCAUUGAAACGGACAACACAUCAAGAAUAAAACCUGGAGCUCAGCCCCGACACAAACAGUCAGGGCCAGAAGGGUUAUGACGGUGACACGAUUUUCUACGUUUUGCCCCUUGACCCAACGCCAAAUGAUUUGAACUGAAGCCGUCAACGUUGGGUCGAAGUGUAGGCUUUCAGCUUUAAUUCAAUGGAUGAACAUCAACAUCACAUUAACAGUUUUAAUCAGAGCUAUCCCCAAUUUCAGGGGCCCGAAAGGUAAUUAGACAAAAAACGAAAUACUGUGUAAUACAGUUAAUGGCUGAAUGUGUUGCACGCGUAGACAUCACUAAACGCUCUGUGUCGCUGACACUCCAAAUACUAGUGGUUACCGGUCUGUACCAGCUUUUGAGGGAAUAAAAAGCCAAAUCUGGAAGCUACCCAAAGCUUUUAAACCCUUGAUUAGUCAGAGGAUACUCGUUUAAAUAAAGCUGCAUCAUGAUAAACCACUUACUUAACCUUUUUCUCAGAGAGAUCGAAUGCCCCACUAAAGAGAAGCUGCAGCUAUUAGAUGAACAGAAAAUUAACCAGCAAUUUUAAUCAAAUAGUUUUUCCUUUCUUAAAAGAUAAAUAAUGCAGACGUAUAAUUGGCAUAUUGGAACUUAAAGGCCUCAGUAUUAAUGUGUUUUUCUGUUGUCUUAGAAGUUGGUUUCAGCCUUACCGUGUUCAUGUUGGGAGGUAAAGUAGAAGUUAUGUGAAGUUUAAAAGAGGACCAAACUCUAAAGGAUGCGGUGUUGUAGUUUAAUGCAGGAGUUGAGCGAGGGGCGGGUUGCGAUCCUUCAUUAGUUUAUUUGAAACAUUUGCAUCUUUUAAUUCAUGCUCUGACAGUUUACGUGUACGCAACAGGUUCAACUUUAAAGAAACGGAAACCAAGGUAUCCAUGCAUCAUAUAUUCACCAUGCUUUUGCUAUGAAAGUCCACUUCUGACCCCAGGGUUUCAUCUUAAAUCACCAGAGGUCAGCAAGCACUUUUCUCUGUGAGCCAGACGUAUUUCUGAUUUCACACGUUAUAUACGAUGCCUAUUAACAGAGUUCGACAUGUGUAGAGGUUGAGGUCAAAUUUAAAGAAAAUAAUUUGUUCCGAGGUGACGCGAGAGCAGCAGAGUUGUCUGGAUGUUUUCCAGGACAUAUGGUUUUCCAUUCAUCAGUAUCAUUUGUCCACUAAGUGGUUUUCAAGCCUCUGUUGUGGAAUAAAUAUAAUAAAAAGGAACAUUGUAUUUGA